AUGGUAUCAACAGCCACAUCUCCCAUGGUAUCAAAAGUCUCAUCAAACACAGAGAAGCACAAGGCCAGUGUUUUGGAAGGAGACACGUACCCUGCUAACGUACAGAAGGAUGACACGUACCCUGCUAACGUACAGAAGGAUGACGCGUACCCUGCUAACGUACAGAAGGAGACACGUACCGCUAACGUACAGAAGGAUGGACACAAGGAUGACGCGUACCCUGCUAACGUACAGAAGGGUGACGCGCACCUGCUAACGUACAGAAGCGAUGACGCGCAUCCCGUUAGCGUACAGAAGGAUGACGCGUACCCUGCUAACGUACAGAAGGAUGACAUGUACCCUGCUAACGUACAGAAGGAUGACACGUACCCUGCUAACGUACAGAAGGAUGACAUGUACCCUGCUAACGUACAGAAGGAUGACACGUACCCUGCUAACGUACAGAAGGAUGACACGUACCCUGCUAACGUACAGAAGGAUGACACGUACCCUGCUAACGUACAGAAGGAUGACACUUAUCCUGCUAACGUACAGAAGGAUGACACGUACCCUGCUAACGUACAGAAGGAUGACACGUACCCUGCUAACGUACAGAAGGAUGACACGUAUCCUGCUAACGUACAGAAGGAUGACACUUAUCCUGCUAACAUACAGAAGGAUGACACGUAUCCUGCUAACGUACAGAAGGAUGACACGUAUCCUGCUAACGUACAGAAGCUGACAUGCACCCUGCUAACGUACAGCGAUGACAUGUACCCCUGCUAA